AUGCACUAUUUAAAAAAACAUCUUGUGUUUAGUCAUAGAAAGUUUAUCAAUAAAAUAUGUGUCGAUUGUAAUUCCUUUAAAAUGUUUAGAAAAAAAUCCAGAAAUUUCACUUCGUUUAGAAGUAUUUAUGAAUGUGAUUUAGCACAUGGAAAUUACAUAAGGAAUACGAGUGAUAUAAGUAACGCAUGCAACACAAAUGGCAUAAAUAGUAGAAAAGAACUACUCUGCACGGAUCCUGAAAACAUUGCCAAUACUACAACUAAAACUAUCACUUAUACUGUCGCCACCACUACCACUAUCCCUACCACCUCCAGCACUAUUAAUAAUAAUAACUACGAUGAGGAAUUUUUUAAAAGCGUAUUGUUUGUGAACAAUUUGGACGAUUUAAAAGAUUACUUGGAGAAUAAUCUAAAUGAAUUGAAAAACCACGAAUAUAUAUUAUUAUUAUUUAAAAUAUAUGAAAUAAUAUUUUCUAACUUUUAUAAAACUUACGAAAUGUCAGAGAUUUUGAGACUGGACAAUCCAAAUUUUAAAUAUGUUUCUCUUGAACAGUAUAUAGAAGAACAGGAAAAAAAAUAUGAUCACGCCAAAAUGUAUAGGGACUCGGUAAAGGAGAUGGAGGAGGAAGAAGUGGGAGAAGAAGUGGGAGAAGAUGUGGGAGAAGAAGUGGGAGAAGAAGUGGGAGAAGAAGUGGGAGAAGAAGUGGGAGAAGAAGUGGGAGAAGAAGUGGGAGAAAAAGUGGGAGAAGAAGCGGACGAAGCAGUGGACAACAUCAGAAAUGUGAAUUUGAAUAGUCAUUAUGCAGACAGAAAUAAAUGUGAUAAUAUGGAGUACACUGGUCAAAAUAGUUCUGAACAUGGUAAUAAUUCUAUUUGUAAGGAGGAAUCUCUAGAUAAUGUAAAGAGAAAUAAGACUAAUGAUAAUGGAGAUGUAAAAGAUACAACAGUAAAACAUCAACUAGGGUAUAAUAAAGCAACUAUUUGUAGUCAAAAUAAAGAAUUAGAGAAAAUUCAUUUUACUAAGAAAAAAAUAUUUUUCGGUAAAACCAAGUUGAACAUAUUGAUGGACAUAUAUAUUAAAUACAUAAUAGAUUUAGAAAAUUUAAAUGUUAAGGAGAAUAAAUGGAAAGAAUAUGUAACAUUCUUUUUAACACAUAAAUACAAAAGCUUUUACGAUAAUAUUGUAAAUAGAAUAUAUAAAACUUUUUUUACAUUUUCAUGUGUAGAUGUAAUUAAUUUUUUGUAUAUCAUAAAAAGAACAAAUGUAUCAUCUGUAAAAAAUAUAAGUAUGUUAGCGGAAAAUACAAUUUUACAAAAUGUGAAAUAUCUUGAUGAGGAAUAUUUAGUGAGGGUAGGAUACGUUUACUUAAACAAUUCAAAUAAAAAUAAAAACAUAACACAUAUUAAUCCCCAUAGCAGUAAGAACUUGUUCGAAACGUAUAUAAAUUUCGUUCAAAAUAAAAUAAAGACAAUGAAUAAUCAAAAUUUUAUAAAAGUGCUAACAUAUAUUAGUAACAACAAUUAUAAGCAUGUCCAAUUUUAUAAAGAAUCAAAAAGUGAAGUAUAUAAAAGGUAUAAUAAUUUUUCCGAAGAACAAAUAAUAAAAUUGUUUUAUCUAUAUUCUAAAAAUAUAACAGCAUCCGAUACUGUGUUCAUGUUUAGCUUCAUUAAUUCUAUAGUAGAUAUGUUCACCCGAAAUAGCGCACUUCUGGAAAGGCAACUAGUAGAUGUUCAGUCCAAUGCAUCUGAUCAUUUCGUUAUAGCGGGGAUGAAUACAGAGAAUAAAAGAGAUAAUAGCAGAACGUUAUCCAGUGAUUACAGCAAAUUAGAGAAGAGGAUAACGGAGGAAAAAGAGAACGAACUGAUUUUUCCCUUAUCUGUUUUACUGAAUGGUAUAUGGGCAAAUGCAAAAUAUUUUAAGAAUUACCCUUUUUUAUUAAAAAGAUGUGAAAACAUUAUUUUGAAAAAUAUACAAAAUUUGGGUACCUCAACGAUAAGUAUGCUCGUAUGGGCUUAUAGCACUGUGGAAAAUAAAAGCAAAGAAUUAUGUUUUAAUAACAUUUUAUAUAUAAAAUUAAAAGAAAGAACUUUACAGUUAUAUAAAAGUAUGACUCCUAAGCAACUUUCUAACUGUUUACUAGGACUGUCAACAACUUUAGGCAGAGCUAUAAAUAACGACGGAUACGUAGACACUACUUUGCAUGCCGAAGUUGAGCAGUACUUAUUACAAAACGUGGUGGAAAAGUAUGAAGUAGGGGGAAAAUGUAAAACAGGGGGAACACACCAAAUCAGUGGAAAACACAAAACCAGUGAAAUGUAUAAAGCAGCAAAUAAAGGGGUACAAAAAACGAAAUACUACAAUUUGACUUUUUUGAAUUUUUUUACUGCCGAAGAUCUGGCAAAUAUAUGUUUUUCCUACUCGUUAGUAAGAACAGGUAGCAGGGAAUUUCACACUUUAAUUCAAUCUGUGUUAUUAAACAAAAUAUAUGAUUUAUCUCCUCAACACAUAUCAAAAAUAGCAUAUACGUAUGGAUGUUUCUAUUACUAUUCUUCAUAUACUUUGUUAAGUUCUUUGCAGUAUGAAAUAUUACAAAGGGUCCAUCAAUUUUCUUAUCACGAGAUUAGUGAUAUUCUAUGGUGUUAUUGUGUUAAUAAAUUUUUUGACUCAGAUUUCUGGAAGUGUAUGUUACAUGGUAUCGAUUUUGAAAAAGUUUAUAAUGAUGCUCGAUGUUCUUUAUUAUAUUCAUCUCUAUCAUAUAUUAAUUUAGUUGAUUCAUCUAUUUUAGAUUCAUAUAAUGUGUUAAGAAUUUUUAAUUUUUUAAGAGAAUCGUACUGGAAUUUUCAAAUUGUAGAAUACCCUCACAUGUUUGCAGAUGAGGUAGUACAAACUCUAGUUGAGGAAAAUAAUUUUAUUUUAUCAAAUAAUUGUAGCUCGAGUAAAGACAGAGCUGUAUUUCAAUAUAUACAAAAAGUAUUUGAUUAUGAAGGCUUUUUAAUUGAUAUAUAUUUUGAAUAUAAGAAUAAGAAAUAUGCUAUAUUUUUAUAUACACCUCUUAAUACAACAUAUGAUGGUUAUCCGCUAGGAGAAAAUAUUUUGAAAACAAGAUUUAUAAAAAAGAAGAAUAUAAAUAUAGUACAUUUGGUUCAUAACAUUUGGAAGAAUUGUGGAAAGGAUGAUAGAAUUAGUUUGAUACAUUCGCAAUUAUGA